AUGAAUGAUUUAAGCGAGUGGUGCAGUGCUUGCGCCUCCAUUUCUUUGUUCUGCGAGGCAAUUCUCAGUAACAAGUCCGAUCCAAACAAUAGUAAAGUUUUACGAUCAAAGGGGAUAAAUGGUGUGGUUGGUGGAAUCAUUGGUGCGAUUGUCACUCUGGUAGUUUUGAUUCUGGUUGCGUUGAUACUUGCGCUCCUUGGCUUCAGGAUGCAAUACCGUGAGAAGAAAGUUGCGCACUCCGUUGGAGGCAUCGGCAUCCUGAAAAAGGGCUCACCCACUGAUAUUGGAGGACUCAAAGGCCCAGAAAAGCUUGCUUCAGAUACAGAUCUCAAUAUUAUUCAUGAACCUCGAGUUGGUGCUACCGUAAAGCACGAGAGAGUCGGCAGUUGGGAAAUGGGUAAUGCGCCUGGAAGCAAUAGUGCAAGCUUGGAUAAAGAACCUAAUCGCGGCCAGGAAACAGUAUUUUGCUGUUCUCAAGUGUCGAGGAAAUGGGCAAAUCAGACAGAUAAUCUGGACCAUGCGAAGUUGACAUUGAUAUAA